CUUUUGUGAGUUGGCUAUAAUUGAGCACCUUCCGUUGAUAGGACUGGUUGAUUGCAGUCAAAAAUCAAAUGCAAACAUUCAAAUUUUGGUAGCCGAACCGUAAAGGUGCAAUGAAGCUCUUCCUGAUAUUACUCGGUUUUCUCCUGUCGACAUGUUAUGCCGACUACAGCAAAGCCCAAAUCAAAAUAAUUUUCGAUACUGCAAAGGUAUGCAUUGAAGAGUUAAAUAUUCCUGAUGACAUCGUCGAACGCAGCAUGUACAACCGGGACAUUACCGAAAAGGAUAUGCCCUUCGUGGUCUGCAUGAUGAAGAAAAUGAACAUGAUUGAUGCACAGGAGAACUAUUUGGUAUCGAACAUGGUUGAUUUCAUGGCAAUGAACUACGAUCGAGCCGUUCAGCAGCGCAUCAUGAGCAAGUGCACCAAGCAAGAGGGAACCCUGCUGGAGCGGACCUGGAAGCUGUAUCAGUGCUAUUUCACCGAUAAGGAAUUGAAGCUGUGAAGUGUUCACGCAUUUUUUUUUUGGUUAUGAGUUUUGUCAAUAAAUUUUGCAAAUAAUUUA